GUUUAUUAUUUUUUCGUGACACUUUACAAUAUUGUAAUAGAUGUGUCUGACUAUGACUACAUCAAUCUUAGAACACAUCAUCACUUUCCAUCAGGUGUGAUUGUGGUCAAGCGCUUACCUAUAAUAAAUUAAAAAAAAACUUGAUAAAAUCGAUUUCAAUAAUCGAUUGACAAAAUAAUUAUACCUAGCAACACCAUGCAGUGUCAAAGCCGGCCGGUUGUUGCUUACAAUUGUUUUGUGCUGUUUGUUUUGCGUUGAGUUGAAUUUUUAAAUUCCUCCGUAAUAACUUCUGUUACGUUACGAUUUGCUAUCGAGUGGAGCGAUAAGUGAGCGAUCAGACUCUUAUUCUAGUUUUAAGUGAGCAUUGGACUCUUUUAAACACUUUAAAUAUGUCUACACCCGGUCGAGAUCGCGCUAACCGUCCACUCUCACGCAGAUGUGUCAAUUGUUCUCUGAGUUUGGCGCCUAAUCUUCGAAGACGACCAAUUGAAGAAUUAGACGAACAAUUGCUAAUUAUUCUACGAUCUUGGAUAACGCCUACAAUCGUAUCCUCUGAUGACAUUCUGUGUAUUGAAUGUUUUGUGCUAUUACAAGAGCGCGGGCUAACAAACACAACUCCAUCUCAAGUAGAGGUAUCUCCUGCUCUUGGACAUCUAAACGUAUGUUUUGGAUGUGGAAUCUCAAUUGCAAGUCGAAGAACUCACCAAGUUUCUCAAGACAGUCCUCAAAGGACCUUUAUCUUAAGAUGGACUCCAGCUCAUCAUGUCAGACAUUUGGAACGCGUUUGUCGUGCUUGUUGGGAAGCUGCAACAAGGAAUGUGCAAAGACAAGCACUUCAUGACAUGAACAGACCCUUGCUGGAGCCAAUGGUUUCUGACCCUAUGGAAGUUGACAUCCCAGAUGCCGUGAUUCCUGAACCACCUCCACUGCCUCAAAUGGUUCCACCAUCGCGAGAGCAACAAUUGCCCCGAACACAAUCAAAAAUUAAUUCACAAAAGUACAAACGAGUUUCUGCAAGUUCUCGUCGUUGUAUGUUUAUUGGAUGUGAGAAUACGGAACGCCUUUUAGUGCCCAAUGCUAUAAAAGAAGUUUUAUUGAUACAAUACAAAAAAUAUAUUCCCUUCACAGCUAGAAUCUGUGAAUAUCAUUUGCGCAGCCAUCAAUGGGAUGAACUUGAGACCCCUCAUUCAGAUUUUACUGGAUAUCAAAUUGAUGAUAUAUUUUCAAGACUGGAACAAGCUGCAGAAAGAAACAUAGAUUUUAGUAACAUAAACUCGAUGGAUCAACAUUUAGCCCAUUAUUGGUUGGGACUUAAUGCAGAGCAAUUUAACGAGCUAUUGAUCUGUAUUCCAAUGUUGUAUGAUCAUUUUCCAAACCCUUCUGUAGCUCUUAGUAUAUUUUUGGUCAAACUAAGAACAGGUGAUAGCAAUGAAAGGCUGUCAACACUAUUUAAAAUACCAAGAUCUACUUUAGAAAGAAAGAUGAAUAUUGUAAGAAAUUGUUUAAAUGUACAGUUUGUUUCUAGAUAUUUAGGAAUCAAUCACAUAUCCAUCCAAAAUGUGGCAUCACGCAAUAGGACAAUACCAGAGGGAUUUUUUGGGGAUGCCAGCAUGGCUUCAAAUAUUAAGCCUGCUAUUGUUUUAUGUGAUGGUACAUAUGUUUAUGUCCAAAGCAGCAGUAAUUACUUGUACCAAAAACGGACUUAUAGUUUGCAUAAAUAUGCUAAUCUUGUUAAACCAUUCUUGUUUGUUUGUUGUGAUGGGUAUAUUUUAGAGUGUGUAGGACCAUAUGAAGCGACACAAAAUGAUUCAUCAAUUAUGAGUGCUUUGUUUGAUAAUGAAAAUGGUCCAAUGCGCUCAUUUUUUAGACCCCGUGAUGUGUUUAUUUUGGAUAGAGGAUUCAGGGAUGUGAUUCCUCAAUUACAGAGAUAUAAUUAUAAAACUUAUAUGCCUGAAUCAUUAUUGGAAAAUGAACACCAAUUAACCACCGAACAGGCUAAUAAAUCUAGAUGUGUGACAAUGUGUCGGUGGGUUGUUGAGGUUGUAAAUGGUAGAAUAAAAAGAGACUUUAAGUUAUUUCGGCAGGAAUAUUUUAAUAGAGCGUCAAGGCACCUUAUGGUUGAUUUUAAAAUAGCUUGCUCCCUUUUGAAUAAAUUCCACCCUACAAUUGACGACAGACCGGAACAUGUGGAGUAUCUUAAUAUUGCUCGGGCAAGAUUGAAUAUGCCAAAUUAUCUUUCGGAAUUUAUUCAAAGGGAACAUAUAAACAGAAGGCGUACGAUUUUCCAAAGCAUUGAUAGCAGUGCUCCUCAUUUAGAUGAUUUUCCAAGAUUAACUUUAAAUGAUUUAAAAAGAUUUGCAUUAGGAUCUUACCAUUUAAAACAGGCAAGGUCCUAUUAUGGGGAGCAUGUGCGAGCAAAUGGUACAUACAGUGUGGAAAUAAGCAAUGAAAUAAUAGAAGAAGAUUUGCCCUUAAUAUUUGGCCAAAAUAAUUAUUUAGUCAGGGGCAGGAUUAAAUCACGACAUGUUAGCAACAAGGCAUACUACACAUAUUUACUGAUAAGUAAAGAACAGAAUAGGGCAAAUUCUUUAGAGAGUGUCAUUGCUUAUUAUUGCAGUUGCUUAGUGGGAAAUCGUACAGUAGGGUGCUGCGCUCAUACCAUGUCUGUAUUGUGGUAUUUAAGCUGGGGCCGCUUCAAUGAGGUAAGCGCCCCAGCAUCAUUCCUGGAUAAUAUAUUCUAUGACGAAUAAAUGUUGUUUAUUUAAUGUUGUUUUUUUUUAUAAAUUAACCUUUUAUAUUGUUGAGUUUACUUCAAAUAGUAUCAAAACAUAACCUGCAUUAUUUUGCACUAUUCUCUGCAUUAUUCAUUAGGUAUGUUCGAGGUUAUUCCCAUCCACACUUGACACCAGCUAAGUUCCGCUGCAAUCCAUCACCAAGUGGGUGGUGGAUUGUAGGAAUGAAGUGGUAAUUCACCUUUUGUCAAGAGUAGUAAGGUUUAUUAUAAUCACAGUUAGAAUAGUAAAAAUCAAUUCAUUUUGAAGAAGUAUCUAUUAUAUAUAACCUCAAUUUAAGCAACAUAAUAAUAUU